CCGACCCGCGUUGAGGACGAACGUGCCGCUGUGCAAGGCUCAGUGUGGUGAUGUUGAUGGUGAACAAAACAACCUACAGAUAAUACUUGUUUACUUUGGGAUCAAGGUGCAGUUGUUGUAUGAACUAUCCCACAGAAAAGACUUUAAAUAAGUAAUGACUGCUAGUGUAUAUAGUGAAUAAAAUAACCAAAUUAAAAACAAUGAAUCGCUUGGACUUGUUGUAAAUACGGAUAAAAAUACUAAAGAAAAAUAUAGAUUUCUCAGGUGUGCAGGUGUAACCAUUGUGUGGAACAAGUCUUAGUGAUAGAAAACACCAGAGGAGAAUCUAUAUAGUUAGUGUUACAUUCAGGUGUAUGUACUGAGCAAAGACACCUACAGAAAGUGAAAGUGUGAGCCAGGAUCCGUCUAUCACAAGUCCUUGAGUACAGCACCAGGUAUAGGAACAUCUCCCAACCACAACUUCAUCAGUCUCUUGUGUAAUGUCUUCACCUCCCUCGUCAGAACUUUGUCAAGUGUUGGGAACCUCUACCUAGCACCCUCUAGUGACCUUCUUAAAACAAAACCGCAGGAACUCUCCAUCAAUAUAUUUUCUUACAACAUCGACACACGCCAUCAACGCCAAAAUAUCAGUACAGUACUCGACCUUCCCCUAAAACAACAUCCAUCCUUCAGCCUCGCCAAAGUACUCUCUAUCAUUCAACGUAGCUCUAUCCUCCUCCUUCUCCUCAUCAUCUUCGCCAUUGUUUUUAUAAUCCUCGCCAGAACAACGAACCUACGGCCAAACUCGUGAAAGAUCGACGCCACAUCCUCCAGAGCAUCCUCACACCUUAUCCUCGCCAACUCCUUAUUAUAGGAGGAUGGUGAGCAGGAUGACCUACUGCUGGAAACGUCUGUUGCUGUGGCUGCUCCUCUGCUGCUGCUUCAGUGUGGGGAUGACGGACGGCUGGUGGGGUCAACGGCCGGAGUUCGGGGCAGCAGAGUCGACGGUGACGGUAAAGGAGGGAGAGACGGCCAAGCUGCCUUGUGUUGUCCUCCACCUCAACGACAAGUCUGUGACGUGGCUGAGGCGCCGUGACCUACACAUCUUGACAGCUGGACACCACACCUACUCCGCCGAUCAGCGCUUCCAGGUGGUACACGCGGAGGGCAGCCAGGAGUGGACCUUGGUGGUGCGCUACACUCAGCUGAGAGACGCCGGCGUCUACGAGUGUCAGGUCAACACUGAACCAAAACUCUCACGUCACGUCACACUCAGAGUCCAUGAUCCCCGGCAGGUGGUAACGAAGACCAAGGUGUUUGUGGCCAAUAAUACAGCUUCUACCAAAGACGGUAACCUCCGGGUGGAGAUCUUGGGGCCCCGGGAGCUGUACAUCGAGGAGGGGUCCUCCCUCACCCUCACCUGCCUGGUGACGUCACUGAGGGGCCCCUCAGCCCUGGUCUACUGGUACCACGACAUCAGCCUUAUUGACUACAACUCCCCCAGGGGCGGCGUGAACCUGAAGAUUGAUCGUGGUCGUGGAGAGACGACGACUCGCCUGGUGGUGUCGUCGGUGGGUCCCGGAGACUCUGGCAUGUACUCCUGUGUGCCCCAAGGCUCCCACCCCGCCACCGUGCUAGUACAUGUACAGAAAGGUGAACACGAGGCAGCCAUCCAGCAAGGUGGACUAAAUGUUGCAUCUUCUGCCACCUCCUUCUCUUCUCCUCUCUUCCUCCUAUCCUGUCUUCUCCUCCUCCACGUCUAUCUCAUUCCUUCCACCAGCGAACUUCUCCUUCAUUCCUCUUCCAUUUACUCCUCAAUAGUGACAAUUCUGAUUAUUCUCUUCAGUUCUCCUUCGUCUACCUUUAUCAUCUCCAUUAUCGUCUUAUGUCUCUUCGUUGGUAUUGUGAUCCACUGUUGCUAUAGCUUCUCUGUCUUUCCCUUCACUCAUAACCUCCCUCGGCCUGUGUUUAUGACUUCACCACCGUCAUUGAUACCAUCGUCUGCGUCUCCGCCUGAAGUCGUGGCAUCAUCGUCGCCAUCAGGCAGGUCCUGCACGUUAAUGGUCUCUCCGUCAUCAGUAUCUUCUUGUAUCACGUCUGUUUUAAUUCCUUCUAAGUCUAGAUCAAUGAAGAGUUAUCGUCACUCAGCCUUAUAGACAAACUCGAGGUGGAUGGAUAUCAAGGCUUAUAAAUACAAAACUUCUCCAAAAAUACCUAAUUUGAUAUUAACGUCAUAUAUAUUAUUUGUAGUCCUAGAGAUAAGUGUUAGUGACCCCUUGAGUGUAAGAGUAACGUUGGUUAGCUUAUUUUGAUCCUAAGAAAAGAAAAACAUUCAAGUAUAUGUUUCAUUAAGUAGCGUGCAUUGUUUACAGUUCCGCAGUGAAGUAACAAUGAUACUGAGAAGCUGAGUGUGUUAUACCAGGAACAUUCUCUCCCUCCCUUUUUUUCGAACUUGCAAAGAACGACAAAACAAAGAUAAAAAAAAAAGUACACAAAAGAUAAAUGGAAUUACUGUACUCAUAGUUGUGUUGGAAGUCCUACGAACACUUGAAACUUCUUUAACUACUGAAAGUCAUAGAAAAAAUAAAUAAAACUUAAAAGUGAACUAUAUUAUGAAGCUGUUGAAUCGGAUAAUAACAUAGAGAACUAUAUAUGUGUCCCCUAUGUGUCCUACUGCAGACUACUGGCAGCUGAAGGGAGCUUUCUCGUGGCCUGUUUGUGUUGGAGGGGAGGAAAUAUAUACGAGGUAAACUUUAACUUCUCUCAGUCAACAACAGUCAAAAGAGUCCGUCUGAGAUGAGUGUUUGUGUGUUGUUUUCUUUAUUAACUGAGAGAUGCGAGAUAUUGCCAUGGUAACGAGGAGUCUUUUAAUCCCAAACUGUACUGAUUAACCUCUCAACAGCUGAUUUUAAAUACGCAUAUCGUUUUACCUGACUGAGUGACUGAGUGACUGAGUGACUCACUCACUCACUCACUCAUUCAUUUAUCGAGAGAAUAUUUUGUCCAGCUCACCAACCCACCACGUCACCAGCCUACACUGACGUGGCUUAUGACGAAUUCUUGGUUAUUUGCUGUUAUUAGGUGUUACAGAAAGGUUAUCCCAGAGUGGUCACAAAGGUGUUAGCAGCGGCGCGUGACGGGAGGAAAUUUCUCUCACAUGUCUUGAUAAUUAUAUCCAACGGUGUCCCAAAUACCAUGAUGUUCUGUAUUUAUAUUCAUUCUACAUAUAAGGAUAGUUUUUAUAUUAUAUAGCAUAAGUUUUUUGGCCUUCAAUGUUAGGCCAAAUUUUGACCAGAUUCUAAGAAAAAUAAACAUGAUAGGUUCUUGUGACAUAUUUUGAUCAAAUUCUAAAUAAAUAUACACUUGUAUCUGGCGUUGCAACUUCCAUGGUAUGCUCGCUCUUCUAUGUCCAAUAUAUGGCAUGUGUAUUGUUCGAUGGCGUUACAAACUCCUCUUUUUUUGUGUGUGUGUGAGUAAACCUGUGUUAUGUGUGCUUGCUGGUUAGCCCACGUGUUAUACUAGUGUUAUGUUAGACAUGGAUCUACGUCAAGAUAAAACAUAGGUUGUUAUAAUUUGCUGGAUUAUUUAUGUAGUUUUUUUUCUCUGUUCGUCUACCAGUUUCUAUCUCUCUAUGUGUCUCAUUUUUCUGUCUUUGUUUAUCCGUUUUCUCUUUUCCUCUCUACUGUUUUUAUAUAUAUCUAUUUAUCGUCUUCUUUUCUCACAUUUUCUUUCUAUCAAUCAGUUAUACUUCCCCGGCAUAAGAGCCUGUGUUACGUGCCUUUGUCAGAUACUGUUUUUUUUUUUUUAAUACCAAGGUGAGAUCCCAGACGCCAUACAAAACUGUCAAGAGGCGCUGUAGGUUUGUUUGUAACACCUCGAUGGAAGUCUUAGAGCGACACUGUACAAAUCUGUCACAACCCACAUCUGUCAGUCUAUAUAUUUGUUAUUAAUAUCAAACUCUUUGUAAGUGAAACAGA